GCCGGCCAAGGACACGCAGCCUUGUGCGUGUCCCCCACCCCUGCUGCGCGCACCAGCCGGAGGAGAAAGGUGUUCUGGUUCCACAGAAACUCUCUGCUUCAAUGUAAUGAUUUGGUCUCCUGUGGUUUCACUGCAAGACACUGAAUUAUAUUUAGACUCUGGAAACUAAGGCAACCUCUGAGAUUCCCUCUGAGAAAAGGUGGAAGCUGCCUUUGGCCGAGAUGUCACGGCACCACAGUCGGUUUGAAAGAGAUUAUCGCAUAGGAUGGGACCGCCGAGAAUGGAGUGCCAAUGGGAACCAUGUGAAUAGCAGUAACUGUAACAGCACAGUCAACAGCAAUAGCAACAAUAGACCAGGACUUCUGCCUGUGCCAAUCGUGCCCUCACGGUUACAUGCUCCAGCCACAGUUGCUUGUACCACUGUCAACAGUGACGUGAUAACUACCCUUGUGGCCAAUUCUUCGGCAGCUUCAACAACCAAAACACCUUGCAUUUCGAAGACAGAGAAUCAGCCUCAAGGAUUAGCAACCAGUAUAAGGUGGGGACAGACACCCAUCAAUCAGUCUACACCCUGGGACACAGACGAGCCACCGUCUAAACAGAUGAGGGAGACUGAAAACCCAGGUACAGCUCCAUGGGUUACAACAGUUGCAGCAGGUAACCAGCCAACUCUUAUCACUCACUCAUAUGGGAUGACUCAGCCUCCGACCUUCAGCCCAGCAGUGAACGUCCAAGCCCCUGUCAUUGGAGUUACACCCUCACUCCCUCCACACGUCACCCCCCAGCUUCCAUUAAUGCCAGCUCAUUACCAGCUUCAGCAGCAGCCUUCACAGCCUCUGAGUAACAUGGUUGUGAACCUACAAAGCCAGCCUUUGUACACUAACAGCCAGUCCAUUACCAUGUCUUCUAUGACUGGAGUGGGUCAGGUGGCUCACCCAGGCCACAGUGCGGUAGGGAAUGGUCACAUGACAUGUCCUAUCCUGCCUCCACCGCCACCUGCUUUGCCUUCGGCUGCCCUACCUAAUAGUGUUCCAGCUACCAAUGGGCAGGCUGCUCCUCAGCUUCCUCCCAACCAGACGGGCAGUCAGGACAACACCAAUGGGGUACAGAUGCUACGGACUGUUGGUGUGGGGAAGUACGAGUUCACAGACCCUUGGCACCCGAAAGAAAUGUUGAAGGAGUUGAACCAGCAACGCAGAGCGAAAGAGUUUACAGACCUGAAAAUUAUUGUUGAAGGCAAAGAGUUUGAAGUCCACCAAAAUGUUCUAGCUUCCUGCAGCUUGUAUUUCAAGGACCUGAUUAAAAGGUCACCCCGGGACAGUAGCAGAAGUGGAGAGAAGCUGGAGUUGGAAUUAUCAAAUCUCACAGCGGACGUCCUGGAAUUACUGCUGGAAUUUGUUUACACAGGUUCCUUAGUGAUAGAUUCUGCCAACGCCAAAACCCUUCUGGAGGCUGCCAGCAAAUUCCAGUUCCAUACUUUCUGCAAAGUGUGUGUGUCAUUUCUAGAAAAACAAUUGACUGCUAUCAACUGUUUAGGAAUCUUAGCCAUGGCUGAAGCAAUGCAGUGCAGUGAGCUCUACAACAUGGCAAAGGCCUAUGCCCUGCAGAUCUUUCCUGAGGUGGCCACUCAGGAUGAGAUUCUCAACAUCUCAAAGGAUGACUUCAUUUCCUACAUGUCCAACGACAGUCUGAACACGAAAACAGAAGAGCUGGUUUAUGAAACAGUGAUCAAGUGGAUUAAAAAAGACGUGGCACACAGAGCCCAGUAUGCAGCUGAAUUGCUGGCAGUGGUCCGCCUACCCUUCAUCCAUCCCAGCUAUCUGCUAAAUGUUGUUGACAACGAGGAAUUGAUAAAGUCUUCAGAGGCUUGCCGGGAUCUAGUGAAUGAAGCAAAGCGUUAUCACAUGUUGCCGCACGCCCGACAAGAGAUGCAAACUCCAAGAACCCGGCCCAGGCUAUCAGCAGGUGUGGCUGAAGUAAUUGUACUAGUUGGAGGCCGACAGAUGAUUGGCAUGAAUCAACGAGCCUUAACCGCUGUAACAUGCUUCAAUCCUCAAAACAACAAAUGGUACCCGCUAGCCAGCCUGCCCUUUUAUGACCGGGAAUUUUUUAGCGUGGUGAGUGCUGGAGACAACGUCUAUCUCUCAGGUGGCAUGGAGUCCGGAGUCACACUGUCUGACGUCUGGUGUUAUAUGUCUCUACUUGAUAACUGGAAUCUCGUUUCCCGCAUGACAGUCCCAAGGUGUCGGCACAACAGCUUGGUGUAUGAUGGGAAAAUUUAUACCAUUGGAGGCCUUGGAGUAGCAGGAAAUGUUGAUCAUGUGGAGAGGUACGACACAAUCACCAAUCAAUGGGAGACCGUCGCUCCUUUGCCAAAGGCUGUGCAUUCCGCAGCUGCCACUGUUUGUGGCGGAAAGAUCUAUGUCUUUGGGGGCGUAAAUGAGGCUGGCCGUGCUGCUGGAGUCCUGCAGUCGUAUGUCCCUCAGACUAAUGCGUGGAGUUUUAUAGAGUCGCCCAUGAUAGAUAACAAAUACGCUCCUGCCAUCACCCUCAACGGUUUCAUCUUUAUUCUCGGAGGAGCCUAUGCACGAGCAACUACCAUCUAUGACCCAGAAAAAGGCAAUAUUAAAGCAGGCCCCAACAUGAACCACUCCAGGCAGUUCUGCAGUGCGGUCGUGCUUGACGGAAAAAUUUAUGCCACUGGUGGAAUUGUCAGUAGCGAAGGGCCGGCUCUAGGAAACAUGGAAGCCUAUGACCCCAAGACAAACACAUGGACGCUUCUACCCAACAUGCCGUGUCCUGUGUUCCGACAUGGCUGUGUAGUAAUUAAAAAAUACAUACAGAGUGGUUGAUGCCAACAAGGACUUGGAUGUCAAACUGACUGCCACCUGCCUACAGCAGACCCAAGAGAGAAACUGUCACAGUGGAGAAAAGUCAAGGAAAUCCAGUUGACGGAUACGUUGCUCUAAUAAUGACACAGUCUCUACAUUGAAUGUAGAAAUCCAUCCUCACCUUUUGGUGAAUGAGGAGCAGAGAGCUCUGUGGUAUGUCUACACUUGUGUAACUUUACACAGGUGUGCCACUAGAUGUCAUAGUGGCACUUUACUGACAUAAGGUGUGUGUUUUUUUCUACCCAGGUGCAAUAGCAUUUCUCAUAGGAUGAUCGACUAGCUGGGAGGGGGGAAAGAAUUUGCAUUAUCCUCCUAGAGAAGAAGAUUCUUGAAAUAACUGCAGCAGUUAGGUUUUGGUAUUACACAUUAAGCAUCCGGGGGUUCUUAAGAAAGGAAGGUCAAAGUGCCCUUACCACUUUGAUUGCUACUUUUGUUUUUAAAACCAACACAUGCUUUUCAGUACCAAUGACCGAGAAUUUAACAUGACAGACUGCGUAGAUUGAGGCCAGUCUUCCAUCAAAGCAAAUGUCUUUUUCCACAGCUCUUUAGAGCAGAGCUAAUAAAGGAUAGAGGUGUGUCUGUCUGUCUGUCUACUAGCAUUCCAUGUCCUUUUAACAAAAA